AUGAAAGAGAGAGAGAGAGAGGCGGUGGCGUCGUUGGCCGAAGACAGAGAUGGAGACGAUGAAUAUAUUAAAUUUGUGAGGAAAAUCCUGGAGUUAAAGGAAAAAAAGGAGGGAGGUAUUUUUGGAACAGGGAGAGGAAAAGACGGGGAUUUGCAAUCGGAGAAGCAGAAGAAGGAAGCAAUUGUUUGUUUGUUGGUUUGGGAGAUGAAGAAGAAGAAGGAGAGAUUAACAACGAUCGUCAUCGCUCUUCCUGCCACCGCUCAUACUCAUACCAGCGCACCUUCACUCGUUCUUCAGGGUUGUCAAAGUAAGAAGAAAAAUGAUGUUACAACAACAAAUAACACCACCAAAAGGGUAAAGCUGCCUUUACCACCCUCCAAUUCCAAUUCCAAUUCCAAUUCCAAUUCCAAUACAAAGAAGACGAAGAAGAAGAAGAAGAUUAAGGAGGUUUUAGAUGCAACUGAUAAUCCCUUUUCCCAAUUUGUCUACAAAGGUUGCCUUUCAAACUCCUCCUAUCAUUCUAAGACUUUCACAGAAAAACAAGGCCCUCAUGAUGCACUUAAAGUAAACAAAGCUUGUGUUGCCAGUACUACUCAAAACAAAGAAGAAGAAGAAGAAGAAGCGGUUGUUGUUUGCAAGAAACAUAAGCUUAGUGCACAACAAGAGGCCUGCUUAGUGACAGGCUCCUCCGCUGAUCAGGAAAACGCAAACACUGUUGACCAAGCCGUUGCUGCUGCUAGUACUAGUAGUAGUAAGAAAAAGAAGCUGCUUAGUGCACGGCCAGUGACAUGUUCCGUUGAUCAGGAGGAGAUAUCAGGAAAAGAAAUUUCUGCUGCUGAAGAAGAAGAAGCAGCAGCAGAAGCAGUUGUUGUUUGCAAGAAAAAGAAGAAACGUAAGCGUAGCGGACAACAAAAGGUCUGCUUUUCAAACCCAGUGAGUCAUCAGGGGAUAUCAGAAAAAGGAAACUCGGUUGCUAGUACUAGUGGUUCACACGCUACUGACAAGGUAAAGGCUAAAGAAGAAGAAGAAGAAGAGGUUGUUGUUUGUAAGAAAAAGAAGAAAGAUAAGCAGCAGCAGCAUACUAGUGCAAGACAAAGGGUCUGUGCUUUGACAGACUCUGGUGAUCCGGAGGAGAUAUCACAACCUGUUGUUGGCGUCAAAGUGUCACCCACUGAAAAACCCAUUGCUUGCCAGAAAAACAAUUCACACUCCACUGUGAAGUUCGUGUCACCCUACUUUCCAAGGAAGAAGGCUAACAAAGAAGAAGAAGAGGUGGUAGUUGUUGUUUGCAAGAAAAAGAAGAAAGACAGCCUUACUGCAAGACAAAAGCGAGACGACGCCUACAAAAAGAAGACUCCAGAUAACACCUGGAAGCCUCCGCGAUCCCAUCAUAAUCUUAUCCAGGAGGAUCAUAUCCAUGAUCCUUGGAGGAUUGUCGUUAUAUGCAUCCUCCUAAAUAUGACACAGGGUGUGCAGGUGAGAGGGGUGAUAUCGGAGUUCUUUAGCCUAUGCCCCGAUGCAAAGACUGCUACAGAGGUUCCAGCAGAGACGAUUGAAAAGCUUAUAACGCCACUUGGACUGCAGAAAGUAAAGACGGAAAGGAUCCAAAGAUUUUCUGAAGGAUACUUAUGGGAUGACUGGACACACAUCACUCAACUCCAUGGCGUUGGGAAGUACGCUGCAGAUGCCUAUGCAAUAUUUGUUACGGGGCAAUGGAGGCGUGUCAUACCCGCAGAUCAUAUGCUAAAUAGGUACUGGGAAUUUCUUCAUCAGAAUGCACAUUUAUUGGACAAGUUAACGUCACAUACAGACACGUUAUAAUAUUUACGAUGACAAAGUCUUGUUUUGGAUGUAAUCGGAGACAAGUAUGGUGUAAUUUUUUUGAUUAUAAUAGGGGGUGUUUAUUUUGUUAAUGACCCAGAUAGUAGUCAGGUUAGAGCUGGUGUAUAUUUUUGGGCUAAGGUAUGAUGUUUUGAUAUUCUAAUAUCUGUCUGAAAAGUUAACCUAUAAUCUUAAAUGCGGUUUUUUUU